AUGAGCACGACGGGAACGACGGCGGGCUUCAAUGCAGGAUUGCCUCAGUCAAGUGGUCUGGCAAGCGGGGCAGCCACGCAGCAAAAUUCUUUCGUGGAAGAAUUCUCCUCAUUGCAGCUCGGAGGCGGUGGGUCUAUGGGGGACCAUGGCGCGGAUCCAAGCCAAUUUCCCCGUCCUGGGGACGACGUUCCGGUGCCAAAUAGUGAGUUAAGCUGCGAUCCACGAUAUCUUCGCCUCACGGUGAACGCAUUGCCUGCCAACCAGGCACUGAAGCAGAGAUUUGCUUUGCCUAUUGGCUGCAUGGUACGCCCACUUAUUCCUGGAGAAAAGGUUCCCACAGCGCAAUUUGGCAGCACGGGCAUAGUUCGGUGCCGUAGAUGCCGUACUUAUGUCAAUCCGUUCGUACAUUUCAUCGACGGCGGUCGAAGGUUCCGUUGCAAUGUGUGCCAGCUGCCGAACGAGGUACCGGUCGACUACUUCUGCACGCUCGACGCAAAUGGGACACGAAGAGACAUUGCAGAGCGUCCCGAGUUGAGGCAUGGAACGGUAGAGUUCAUCGCAAGUCAGGAGUACAUGGUCCGCCCGCCGAUGCCUCCGACGUAUUUCUUCGCAUUUGAUGUCUCUGCCAACGCGGUGUCCAGUGGCUUCUUGGCGAAAGCUGUGAAUACAGUGAAGGAAACCCUUGACGAGCUUCCAGGAGGUGAGCGUACACAUGUGGGCUUUCUCACUUACGACAAUGCCAUUCACUUUUAUGGGCUCAAGCCUGGAAGCAUAACACCGCAGAUGAUGGUGGUGGCCGAGCUCGAUGACCCGUUUUGUCCGGCGCCAGAAGAUCUACUGGUCAACCUUGGGGACUCGCGGGGUGCGGUCAACGCCUUGCUUGACAUGCUUCCCAGUGCAUUCGCGGCCACCUCGCAAGUGGACUCGUGCAUGGGCCCCGCGGUGCAGGCAGCUUACAUGGCGAUGAACCAUAUUGGUGGAAAGUUGAUGAUGUUUCAGUGCACCUUGCCAUCUUUAGGACAGGGUCGCCUAUUGAACCGCGGCGACGAUCACAGAAACGCUGGCACUGACAAGGAGCACCUGGAACGAGCUCCUGCAGACCCUUUCUUCAAGAAAAUGGCGGCAGAAUGCUCCAGACAGCAGAUAUGUGUGGAUAUAUUUGCUACGGCAUCACCUUAUGGCGAUCUCGCGUCACUUUCCACCUUGUGUCGGUACACAGGUGGCCAGUUGUACCAUUAUCCAGGUUUUCGACCUGAACGCGACGGAUUGAAACUUUGGAAUGAGCUCAGGCAUAAUCUCACGCGUUUUACCGCGUGGGAAGCAGUCUGCAGGGUGCGUUGUAGUAAGGGCUUCAGGGUUUCCUCUUUCAAUGGUCACUUCUUCGUCCGUUCGAUGGACCUCCUCGCACUUCCUGCCACGAAUGCUGAUGCUGCACACGCGGUGCAAAUUGCGCAUGAUGAACAGCUACCAACCGGCAGCGUAUCUUACCUACAGUGCGCGCUGUUGUACACGAAUGCAGACGGCGAGCGACGAAUCCGGGUGCAUACCAUGGCAGUGCCUGUCGUGCCAGACAUUGCGUAUAUGUUCCGGAGUAUUGAUGGCGGUGCAAUGAGUGCGUUCCUCACAAGGCUCGCCGUCGAGCGCGCUCUCACUGCACGCUUGCAAGAUGCAAGGGAGUUCAUGCAACUAAAACUGUCACAGUCGAUGCGCGAGUUUCGGCUGCUCAAUACGAGUGCGGCAAGGGCAUUCAACUGCCUCAUUUUCCCGGACCGGAUGCGACUGGUGCCGCUUUUCACGCUAUGCGCAGCAAAGUCAGCUGCGCUUCGUGGACAGACGCGUGAUGUGAACGUGGACGAACGCAUUCACUCGAUAUAUGAAAUCAUGUCUGCACCUACUGAGGCUAUAUUGCGAAGGCUUUAUCCCGCUAUGUAUGCCUUGCACGUCAUGCCUCCAGAAGCUGGUUUCCCAAAUCAGGCUGGCGCAAUCGUGAUGCCUCCGAGAACGGUGCUGGCAGGUGAAAGAGUUGACGCAAGAGGCGCGUAUCUUGUUGAUGAUGGACGUCAUUGUUUGCUCUGGCUCGGAAAAAUGUUGGAUCACGGAUUUCUAAAUGCAGUAUUCGGUGCGCAAGGCCCUCCAAAGCCCGAUGUAGACUUCGAGCCCACGCUGGUGGAAGGGAUUCAGCUCAGUAAGCAAGUGUGUGGCGUGAUCGGCGAGAUACGACGAAGGGCUGCAAAUGGAUGUCAUUGCACGCUGACAGUGAUCAGGCAAGGCGAUCCCUCGGAGGCCCUUUUAUUCCCAUUGUUGGUCGAGGAUAGAGGUGCCGGGGGCGCAGGAGCCAUGUCGUAUGCUGAUUUUUUGAUCCAACUGCACAGACAAGUGGCGCAUGCUGGUGGACUUCAAUAAACCAACGACCUUGAAUUAUUUGAUACGAAGGUACCUUAACAAAUUUGAGCUCAAACCGAGAAAGCCUUGUUUUUUCCGAUAAACCAAUUUACAUCUCCUGAUGACUUGCAUAUUACCUUCGUACUAGCUAGCUAGCUGCAUGAUCGACUGCUGAGGCGAAGUCCAAAAAACGAGUGAUGAAAGUAUUCACGUCAUUCAACCUCAUCCCCCGUGCAAAUAGACUUAGCAUUUCAUGUAUAAAAUGAUACCUUCGUACCUUCGU